CAUUUGCAUUUUCACCCGAUUGCCAACAUGUGGCAAUCGUUUCAAUGGAAGGUUGUUUACGAAUCAUAGAUUUCGUAAAAGAAACUCCGGAUGGUCGAUAUAUAUUAACAGGUGGUCAAGAUGAUUUGGUUACCAUAUGGGCUUUUCGUGAACAACGAAUUGUCGCACGUUGUCAAGGACAUCAAUCUUGGGUUACCGCUGUAUCUUUUGAUCCUUGGCGAUGUGAUGAACGUAAUUAUCGUUUUGGAUCAGUUGGUGAAGAUACAAAAUUAUUGUUAUGGGAUUUCAGUGUAAACGCGUUACAUAAACCCAAGAGC